AUGCCCACUGUAACCCGCGUUGCUGCCUCUCAAGUCAAGACAAGUCAGGACAAGUCUGCGCUGGCCGACCGCUCAUCUUCAUUGCGACACUUGAAUUCCACCACUCUUGACAGCACACUUACCGCCUCCACAACAACCAUCACCGUCAACAUGCGCAGCAAAUUCAAGGACGAGCACCCUUUCGAGAAGCGCAAGGCUGAGGCCGAGCGCAUCCGACAGAAAUACGCUGACCGUAUUCCGGUUAUCUGCGAGAAGGUCGAGAAGAGCGAUAUCGCGACCAUCGACAAGAAGAAGUACCUGGUUCCUGCCGAUCUGACCGUCGGCCAGUUCGUCUACGUCAUUCGCAAGCGAAUCAAGCUAUCCCCCGAGAAGGCUAUCUUCAUCUUCGUCGACGAGGUUCUUCCCCCAACAGCUGCCCUGAUGAGCAGCAUUUACGAGGAGCACAAGGAUGAGGACGGCUUCCUAUACAUCACCUACUCCGGCGAGAAUACCUUUGGCGAAGCGUAA